GUUCUUCGAGUGCCUGGUUGCAUGACGUCCAGGUAAAAUAUCGUAAAAUUUGUGCUUCUUAUGAUAUACUUUGCCAUCACAUGUAUGACUGAAAACUCUUCAAUUGGUAUUGGAAGUUUUUUGAGUGGGAUUUCAACAACUGCGGCUUUGGAAAGAGACUGCAACGAAGGCACAGUUUCUGCCUAGUUCACAGUACAUGUGAAUUCAAGAUAUAGACAAGUUGCUGUGCAGGGAUUUCUUCAAUGGCGUGUAUCGUAGCAAAAACCGUCGGACUUGAGGUCCUCCAGUGGGGUUUGGUAGCGGUUCCAGUGUUCGUUACCGGUCAUCAGUUAACCUCAUCAGGGAACUCUACCCUGUCUGCCAAUCAGGGAGGCUCUUUCAUUGCCAUCGGGAAACUGUCCUUGGUAGCCUACUGGAUGAUAUUGUUAGGAAGCUUCCUGUUGGUCACCUUGGCAGUGUAUCUGCCUGUCAAGAUAUUCCUCUACAGACAACGGCAAUCUACAAGCGCAACUUUGGAAUGGAGACCGUCCAUCCUACUGUACAACCUGCUGUCUGCCCUGCCCUGCUACGUCAUGAUUCUUGUGGGAAUACAGACCCCCCUGUCGAACGUCAACGCCAAACUGUACGAAGACGCCAUCUACGUCACCACUCCCACAAUCCUCCUGUGUCUCAUAGCAACGGAGUGGGUUGCCAAGUGGAAAGAGGACGACAACUUCUCGUCUGACAUGGCGGAGGCCAUGCUCAACGAUUUCCAUACAGCCUACGACAUCAUGGAACUCAUAUCUCUCGGUCUCGACGACGACAUCGCCAGUAAAACGUGGCCAAUCUUUGCCAUUUUCUUCUUCUCUUUCCUCGCUAUGUUUAAAUACGUUCCGCGUUCUCCAAAAUAUAAAAACGAAGAGGAAGAAUCUGGGAACAGCAGAGCUAAAAAUUGGCUGCUGACAAAUAUUUUUGUCCAGGACCUUCCAUUCUUUACGUUGCGAGUAACACUGAUCGGUCUGUACGGUCUAAAAGCAGGGGAACUUUUGUAUCCCGCCAAAAGCGCCGCCGGGCUGGUGUUUAGGUCACUGCAGUUGUAUCUGAUGAGGAAAGAAAAGGGAAAGGUGGCGCCGUCAACGUCUGAGAAGAGUAUCGCUCCAGAAGAGCUUGAUUUAGAAGAAAAGGAUGAAACGAUGGACGUAGAAGACCUUCCUACAGAAACGUUGGAGGGCUAGACAAUCCUACAAACUGUGAUUCUUAAGAAACGCAGCAGCUAACGUGUAACGCAGCCCCUUUUCCAUGCCGCUCAAACGUCGUCGUCUGAGAUGAGUAUCGCUCCAGAAGAGCUUGAUUUAGAAGAAAAGGAGGAAACUCUGGAUGUGGAAGACCUUCCUACAGAAACGUUGGAGGGAUAGACAGACUAGUCUUACAAACUGAAACGGAUGCAUUCAUAAGAAACGCAGCAGCGGGCGUGUAACGCAGCCUUUUUCCAUGCCGUUUAAACGAGAUUUUGCUGGAAAUGUUAAUUAACGAAUCAAUACGGACUGAUCGUUUAUUGGAUGACAUCGGACCAGACUUAAUAGCGAUUUAAGAGAAGCAUUGUGUGCUAAGAACUUGGUGGACGGUCUUUUACCACAUGUACAACGCGUACGUUUUACUUACCUGUACAUAUAGUCAAAGUCCUUUGAUAACUAGUGAACUGCACCUAGAAACAGAUACGCCAGAUGUCGUUAAAGUAAUGUGGAACGACUAGUGCUCCACAGACAUAAUAAAAGGGCAUCGAGUCAAUUACAUUUGUAUAUAAAAGCAUUGGUGAUCGGAAAUCACUCGAAAAGACGGUGCCCCAAACCCUGAUAUGCACCUCACCCUUCUUGAAGUGUGAGUGACUGUGUGGGUGUGUAUUUACGCUUGACGGAUGUUAAUGUUAGUUUACUGAUAUCCAGCGGCGGCCAGAGAACAAGUGCCCGGCUAUAUCCGGUCACUCACCUGAAGUUUUGUCCAUCAGGCCGUUGUAAUGACAUUAUUAUGUUUUUAUCACAUACAAAUAAAACUGAAGAAGUUGAACGAAUAUUGCCCUAUUAUGGCAUCUCAAA